GAUUGCUUAGGGGUUAUGAUGCCGCAAACCCUUUUCCUUCUGAUGAUAAUGUGCACAAUAAGCUGAAGUUGAAGUUCAGAAGGUACAGCUCCUUCAAGUUUGUUGAGAAAAACAAAAAAUUAAUUGCUGCAGGUGUCCGAUCUACAACCAGUAAUCCUAUCUACAAUGGAUUAAUGGUGCAGGA